CUAGAGGACGGGACGCUCCUUCAACAACAACAGCUAGUCAGACACCUCGGUAGCUUUCUAGCAAACUUAGCUACAACAUUCAAGCUCUUUACACUGUUUUGGUGUAUAUUAGUCGCUGUGUAUUAAGUACACUUCUGUCGUAUGUACUUGUUGGCCCAUUUAAUUAUAUAUUUACGUUGUUUGUCAGCUAGCUGGUUUGCUAAGUUAGCUUAGAACUAGGCUAGUCGCUAAUGCUAGCUAGCUAACAUCCCCGACCAUGAGUUCACUAAGCUACUCUCCUGAUAAAGAAGAGGUCUGCUGGACGGAGAAAGAAACCCUCGUCAAAGAGGAGGCCGAAGAGGAGGCUGUUACAAUACAAAAACAAGUAGAGGGUGAGGCUGUUACCGUGAAAGAAGAAGAUAAAUACUUUUCAGUGAAAGAAGAGGAAGACACGUUCAGAGUGAAAGAGGAGGAUGUUACAGUAAAAGAAGAGAAAGAGGAGGAUGCAGUUUUUGGAGUGAAAGAGGAGGAGGGGGAGAUGACUGUCACAUUGGAGGAAGAAGAGGAGGUUGGAGAUCAGUUUAACAUCAGAGAGAGACGGGACAAUCGUGGAUCCUCUGGGGAGCCUCAACAACAUCAUGAUGCUGACGAGGCAGAAAAGAGUCUCUCCAGAUCAGAACUCCUGAAGAAACACCAGCAUAAACCCACAGGGAAGAGAACUCACUGCUGUUCUGACUGUGGGAAAAGAUUCAACUCUUCAUCAAACCUUAAAAUACAUCAAAGAAUUCACACAGAAGAGAAAUCUUAUGGCUGUGAUCAAUGUGGGAAGAGUUUUACUCUGCUUCACACCCUGAAAUCACACCAGAGAUCACACACAGGAGAGAAAUCUUAUAGCUGUGAUCAAUGUGGGAAGAGUUUUACUACAUCUAUCAAUCUAACUAUACACCAGAGAACACACACAGGGGAGAAACCAUAUAGCUGUGAUCAAUGUGGGAAGAGUUUUACUACAUCUAGCUAUCUAACUAUACACCAGAGAACACACACAGGAGAGAAACUUUACAUCUGUGAUCAAUGUGGGAAGAGAUUUAUUCUGCUACAAACCCUGAAAUCACACCAGAGAAUACAUUCUGGAGAGAAACCUUUUGGCUGUGAUCAAUGUGGGAAGGGUUUUACUACAUCUAGCUGUCUAACUAUACACCAGCGAACACACACUGGAGAGAAACCUUAUAUCUGUGAUAAAUGUGGGAAGAGUUUUACUACAUCUAGCAAUUUAACUAUACACCAGAGAACACACACAGGGGAGAAACCGUAUAGCUGUGAUCAAUGUGGGAAGAGUUUUACGACUUCUAGCUAUCUAACUAUACACCAGAGAACACACACAGGAGAGAAACCUUACGCCUGUGAUCAAUGUGGGAAGAGAUUUAUUCUGCUACAAACUCUGAAAUCACACCAGAGAAUACAUUCUGGAGAGAAACCUUUUGGCUGUAAUCAAUGUGGGAAGAGUUUUUCUCACCCAAGUAGCCUGAUAGUACACCAGCGGGGACACACAGGAGAGAAAUCUUUUAGCUGUGAUCAAUGUGGGAAGAGUUUUUCUACAUCUUGCAAUCUAACUAUUCACCAGAGAACACACACAGGAGAUAAAUCUUAUAGCUGUGAUCAAUGUGGGAAGAGAUACUCUGAUAAAAGAUCUCUGAUUAAACAUCGGAAAAUACAUACAACUAUCAGGGUUCAUUCUCAGAUUCUCAGUGCCAAACCAAAUGUACUAGAGCAUGACAUUGGGGACUGGGCCCUGAUCCAACAACAUGCCUAUCGAGUGAACCCUGAAAAGAGAGAGAAGCUCCGCAGUGAGGUUGAAAGUUACUACGAAUAUUGCAGGAGUUUCCUCUUGAAAUCAGACAUGUCUUUGCUAACAUCCCCGACCAUGAGUUCACUAAGCUUCUCUCCUGAUAAAGAAGAGGAGGUCUGCUGGACGGAGGAAGAAGCUCUCGUCAAAGAGGAGGAGGAAGAGGAGGAUGUUACAAUACAAAAACAAGUAGAAGGUGAGGCUGUUACAGUGAAAGAAGAAGAGAAAGACGUUUCAGUGAAAGAAGAAGACUCGUUCAGAGUGAAAGAGGAGGUGGAUGUUACAGUAAAAGAAGAGGGUGCAGUUUUUGUAGUGAAAGAGGAGGGGAAGAUGACUGUCACAUUGAAGGAAGAAGAGGAAGUUGAAGAUAAGUUUAACACCAGAGAGAGAAGUGACUAUCGAGGAUCCUCUGGGGAGCCUCAAAAACCUCAUGAUGCUGACGAGGCAAAGAAAAGUCUCUCCAGAUCAAAACACCUCAAGAAACACCAGCAGAGACCCACAAGGAAGAAAACUCAUCGCUGCUCUGACUGUGGGAAGAGUUUUGUUUCUUCAGGACAUUUAAAAUCACACCAGAGAACACACAUGGGAGUAAAACCUUAUAGCUGUGCUCAAUGUGGGAAGAGAUGCACUCAGUCAACAGACCUUAAAAAACAUGAGAGAAUACAUACAGGAGAGAAACCUUAUAGCUGCUCUGACUGUGGAAAGAGUUUUGUUUUUUCAGGGCAGUUAAAAUCGCACCAGAGAACACACACCGGAGAGAAACCUUAUAGCUGUGCUCAAUGUGGGAAAAGAUUCACUCAGUCAACAGACCUUAAAAAACAUGAGAGAAUACAUACAGGAGAGAAAUCUUAUAGCUGCUCUGACUGUGGACAGAGUUUUGCUUAUUCAGGACAGUUAAGAUUACACCAGAGAGCACACACGGGAGAGAAUCCUUAUAGGUGCGCUCAAUGUGGGAGGAGUUUUACUCAGUCAAGCAGCUUGAUAGUACACCAGAGAACACACACCGGAGAGAAACCUCAUAGCUGUGAUCAAUGUGGGAAGCGUUUUGUUACAUCUAGCACUCUGACUACACACCAGAGAACACACACGGGAGAGAAACCUUAUAGCUGUAAUCAAUGUGGGAAGAGUUUUUCUCAGCCAAACGGCCUGAUAGUUCACCAACGAGUACACACAGGAGAGAAACCUCAUAGCUGUGAUCAAUGUGACAAGAGAUACUCUGAUAAAAGAUCUCUGAUCAAACAUGGGAAAAUACAUACAUGAAGGAGUUGUUUCAUGAUAUCAAUGAAUUAAUGUCACAAUGUAGAAUGUAAAUGUAAAUUUAAAUGCAUCACUCCCAGAUGUAGAUGACUGUCUUCUGCAGGUUGUCCUCUAAUCAGUGAGGUAGAAUAUAUCUCCCAUUUCCAUAUGUUUUUUUAAAGUUGUGUUAGUUUCAACAGCACAUACAACCGGAUUUCCCCCCUAAUUGAUAUCAGUGAUUUAUUGUGACUUAUGCAGCCAACUGACAAUUUUUGGGUACAAUUAUAUUAACAUUUUUGCCCUGACUUUAGAAUAUCAGGUUCAUGUAUCAGGUUCAUUCUUAGAUGUGCCAACCCAAAUGUACAAGAGCAUGACAUUGGGGACUGGGCCCCGAUCCAACAACAUGUCUAUCGAGUGAACCCUGAAAAGAGAGAGAAGCUCUGCAGUUAGGUGGAAAGUUACUGCGGAUAUUGCAGGAGUUCCCUCUUGAAAUCAGACAUGUUCGUGGUAAGGCCAACUCGAUUGCUGAUCGUCUCAAGGGUGGGCAGUCAAAAAGAUUUGUAUUUUAUGUUCCAAGGGGACAAGAG